AGUAGAGCAUGGCAGUAGCAAUGCUAAGGUCAUCUUUGAAUCUUUGAAUGGGAAAUAUCUUAAUUUUUAAAUAUAAUUUUAUGUGUGUGCGCAUGUGUGCUUAUGCCACUUUGAAGUACUGACCUUGCAAUAAUGAUCUGCGUGUGAGCAUAUUUGACUCUGCAUGUGUGAAGUCAACUUCCUAUUUAAACCACCACUUCUUUAAGUAAGUUCCUGUACAGUUCCUGUGCUUACUCUCAUCAUCAUGGCCAAUGGUGAGAAGGAGAUCUAUACUUCCCUGGAGGUGCUCAUCGCUUUAGGAUGCUGCCUGGGGAACGUGCUGGUCAUCUGGGCGGUGUGGUCAUGCCAUGCCUUGAGUCAGACAACAUUCUGUUUUGUUGUAUCUCUGGCAGUGGCUGAUCUUCUGGUGGGAGCAGUUGCCGUGCCUUUCGCAGUGGUGGUUGAUGGACACUUGGAGACUACGUUCCACUGCUGCCUCUUCCUCAGCUGUGUGGUCAUUGUGUUAACCCAGGCCUCUGUUCACUCCCUGCUGGCCAUCGCCGUGGACCGAUACCUGCGUGUUUAUAACCCUCUCAGGUACAGAGGAGCAGUCAAAAAGAAGCACUUAUGGGCCGCGGUCACUGUAUGUUGGCUCUCUGCUUUUAUACUUGGUUUCAUCCCAUUGUUCGGAUGGCACCAAAAAAACCCCACAACCCCUGAAAACUCCACUAUUACAUGUAAUUUCCUCACGGUCAUAAACAUGUCCUACAUGGUCAACUUCAACUUCCUCGCCUGCAACCUUCCACCCACCAUCAUCAUGAUGGUCCUGUACUUGUUACUCUUCAAUAUGAUAUCCAAACAGCUGAGAAAAGGAGUCGGACGCCCUGCGGAGUCCAGGUCGUUUUACCGCAGGGAGCGGAGACUGGCCAAUUCUCUGGCUUUGGUUCUGGUUCUGUUUGUCGUUUGUUGGUUCCCGCUGCACAUAAUGAACACGCUGAACCACUACAACAUUGUAACAGUGGACUCUGUUUUCUUUCAUGUCGGGAUCCUCCUUUCUCACGCUAACUCCGCCAUUAACCCCAUAGUGUACGCUUUCAAGGUGCCUAAGAUUAAGAUGGCAUAUAAAAGGAUCCUGACAAGGCUGACAAGCUCAGAGCAGAGGGAAGAUCCGAGCAGCCAGACUUUGGAUAACAACGCCAGCAGCAACUCAAACAGCAUCGCCAGGUGCAGCAUGAAAAUAAAACCACAGGUCGUUUUGAUGGCAAAUCAGGACGGUCAGCAAUAAGUUUACAAUAAGUAGGGGAGACCAGGCUAGAAGUUUAUCCAGCAGUGGUUUUGUAUGUUGGUUUCAAAUGCCUAGUUCGAAUCUACACUGUAAUACUAAUGUCAUCAUAUUUUUGUACUAAACAGAAUAAAACCCAACCGAGACACCUAAAAACAAGGACCAACUGUAUAAGGAAGAGACUGAAUAUAUGUAUGAUAUAUUAUGGUACAUAUGUAUAGGAUUUUCUUAUUAAUAAUAUCUGCAGGAUAUCUAUUUUUAUGCAUUUAUUUGUUUUGUGUUUCUUAACUUUUUAUGUGACAACGCCCCACUAUGGUUAUAAUAUGUGUUUCAAUUAUUUUUAUUUUUUUUAAAUCUAUCUAUAUAUAUAUAUUUAUAAUUUUUUAAAAUCUCACCGACAGUCUUGGCAAUGGAUGAUGUAAAUAAUCUACUGUUCAAACAUCUGGGGUCAAUAAGACUUUUUUUUUUUUUUAAGAAAUAAAUUUAUAUUUGUAUUCAGCAAGGAUGUAUUAAAAUGUAAUUUACAGUAAAGACUAACAUAAUGUUACAAAUAAAUUCUAUUUCAAAAAACUUUUGAACUUUCUAUUCAUCAAAGAAUCCUGAAAAUAAAAAUGUGUCACAGUUUCCACAAAAAUAUGAAUCGGUAAAAACGCCAUCAAAAUCAGCAUAUUAGAAUGAUUUCUGAAGUAUCGUGUGACAAUGAAGACUGGAGUAAUGAUGCUGAAAAUUCAGCUUU